GGGUCCGUUUUAUCUUUCGAUGUUGACAAAAACAGUGCUUUUGAGAUUCCACUGGGCAAUGUGUCACAUUGUACCACAACCAAAAAUGAAGUUACUCUGGAGUUUCACCAGAAUGAUGAUGCUGCUGUUUCUCUGAUGGAGUUACGUUUUCAUAUUCCUACAGACAACUCUUCAGAAAUAGAUCCUGUUCAGGCAUUUAAUGACAAUGUUGUAGCUAAAGCCAGUAUUAUCCAAGCAACAGGAGAUGCUAUUGCGGAGUUCAAAGAACUACAGUGUCUUACGCCAAGAGGUCGGUAUGACAUCAAAAUGUUUCCAUCUUUCAUUCAACUUCAUGGCAAGACUUUUGACUACAAGAUCCCUCUAACAACUGUGUUGAGACUUUUCCUUCUUCCCCACAAAGAUGGUCGCCAGAUGUUUUUUGUGAUCAGUUUAGAUCCACCGAUUAAACAAGGUCAGACUCGGUAUCACUUCUUGAUUUUGUUGUUCAGCAAGGAAGAGGAAACAACUUUGGAUCUGAGACUCACUGAGGAGGAAAUCAAAGAAAAGUAUGAAGAUAAGCUGCAGAAGGAGAUGGGUGGACCAACUUUUGAAGUCAUCAGUCGAAUCAUGAAAGCAUUGGUCCAGAGGAAGAUUACGGUUCCUGGAAACUUUUGUGGUCAUUCUGGAACUCCUGCUAUCACAUGUUCAUAUCGUGCUGGAAACGGGCUACUGUAUCCCCUGGAGCGAGGAAUCAUCUUUGUUCAUAAACCUCCAGUUCAUAUUCGCUUUGAUGAAAUAGCCAACGUCAACUUUGCUCGAAGUGGUGGGAGCACGCGAUCUUUUGAUUUUGAAGUGGAAACCAAAAAUGGUGUGGUUCACACGUUUAGUAGCAUUGAAAAGGAAGAAUACGGAAAGUUGUUUGAUUUUGUCGAUAAUAAGAAACUACGGAUCAAGAAUCGUGGGACUUCAUUUGAAAAACCCAACACUACAUACAAUGAAGACGAACUUGUGGAUUCAGACCUGGAGGAUGAACCAGUACCAGAUGCUUAUCUUGCUCACGUGAAAGAAGAAGGAAAACAAAGGGAAGAAGAAACUGGAGGCAUGGGAGGGUCUUCAGAGGAUGAAUCAGAUGAAUCUUUUAAUCCAGGGGAUUCUGGCAGUGAAGUGGCAGAAGAAUUUGAUAGCAACCCACCAACAAGCUCAGAUAGUGAUGACGAAGAAGAUGAUAAAGCUUCAGGAUCUGAUGAUAAAUCAUUGAAGGAGAAGAAGCCUAAAGAAAAGAAGAAGAGUAAAAGUGCUAAGACAGUGAAAGAACCAGGAAUGAGGAAGAGACGGAAAAAAAAGGAAAGGGAUGAAAACAAACCUAAACGACCACAGAGUGCGUACCUUCUGUGGCUGAACGAGAAUCGUGAGGCAAUCAAGAAAGAAAACCCUGGUAUCUCCAUCACAGAAAUAACCAAGAAAGGUGGAGAUAUGUGGAAAGAACUAAAAGACAAAUCGAAAUGGGAUGCAUUGGCAGCAGAAGCAAAGAAGGAGUAUGAGAAAGCUAUGGCUGAAUACAAAGCUAGUGGUGGAGGCGCCACAACUGCUGAGAAAGGAACAAAAAAAAAAGAUAAGAAGGAGAAUGAUAAAAAAGCAUCGGCAACUAAGUCUCCAACCAAAUCGCCAGGAAAAUCUGAAGAUGAAGCUUCUGAGCCAGCUGAAAGUACACCACCAUCAUCGGAAGAAAUGUCUGAAUAA